CCGCCCACUUGGCCAGGUCACCGCUGAAGAUGACGGGUUUCAUCAAUGUAUUUCGAAAAACUGUGUCCAGGGACUUGACUUGCGAGCAGGUAAAGAGCUACAGAAACCGAUGGGCUUGUGGCUUGUUCUUCUAGUGGUGGGAUCGAACCAGCAGGUCCUCGGCUUCCUUGGAGAAAGCGUGACCCUGUCCCCUGCCCUAGAUGUGACCCAGCGGAACAUUUCCUCCAUCAAAUGGCUCAUCCUGUCCAACGACACAUGGAUCGCGACCUACCAAGGCGGGAUAACCAACACCAACCAUUUCUGGCAGUACAGGGGAAGGCUCAACCUCGACAUCUCGUCAGGUGACCUGACGAUCAAAAAUCUGAUAAAAAAGGAUGCCAUGAAGUACGUUUUGGAAGUUGGUUUCCAAGGAGAUGAAGAAAUCAGCCGCAAGUUUUUCCUCAGAGUUGAACAACGCCUCGCGCAGCCUCGGGUCACCAAGCACCACGGCUGGUCGGAGGACGGCAGCUGCACGGUGACACUCCUGUGCUCCUCGCCGAACCCUUCCGUGAACUUCACCUGGAGCUCCACGCCUCUCGCCACGAUCCUGUUCGAGGGGUUCCGUGCAAAUACUGCCUUCCUCCUGGCCUCCAUGCGAGCAGACCAAGUGGUCAGCUUCACCUGCAACACCGCCACAGCGCUGGAGUCCACCAGCGAAACUCUAAAUGUCGAGUGUGUUCGCGAGCCAAUCCCAAAGCCCACACUGCACCCUCCCCAUUGUGUUGCCUUUGGUUAUGGUGUUCUCCUUGGGAGCUGCUUUGGUAUUCUGCUUGCGAUGAUAACGUAUAUCCUCAGAGAAAGAAUUGAAGAUUGUAUUUAUUAUCUCACCGAUAAGUGAUGUGCAACAAACAAACCAUAUUCUUCUCUAAUAUGUAUUCUGGCAUACAGAGGGGUUUGGAUGACUGGUCCGUUUGUCUCAAUUGGCUUACUGAUUAUGUGGCUUAACCUGAUCUAAAUAACCCUUACGGUAUUUAACCCUUCAAAUGGAGCACCACUUCCCUCACAGAGAAUAUAAUCUCUGAAAACAAAUGUGUCCAAAUGAAGAUUGUGGUAUUUGAAGCAUUCUGGUCUCUGUUUGUAGUCUGAGUAAUCUUGACCAAUCAAGUUCGUGCAUGCUGUGGUUGCAUGCAGAUAAACUGUCCGUGUGGAGAGCAACAAUCCCGGGUCCCAUCGGCAAGCGCUGACGACAGUUGCGCUUUUUUCUUUGCCUUGAUAUCGUUCUAUAGAGACUAGUCGAGAUAAUGAUGUUAACGUCACUAAAAGAGGUUACGUUGAGGUAGUUAUGAUGCAUCUUAAAUUACUACAAUUUAAGUUUCAACCUAGCUAGUUACAGCGGAGGAGUAUGAACUUUGCAUUUGAACUUAUGAACAGGUUUACCGUGGAGAGGCUGCGAGAGGCUAACUAUUACUAUUACUAUCAGGGGCGC